AUGGGUAGGCAUGGUAAUGAUCCUACUACCACUGUGAACUCCUCCAUUGCUCUUCUUCAGGAAAGGUUUAGACAGUUGGAGAAGGUCAAAGAAAGAAGAGAGGGGAAGCAACUUCUUAAACUCUUGUCAUCUGAGAGCACCUCAUCAUCUAUUAUGCACAAUUCCUCUUCACACAACUCUCAACAACAACAACAGCCAAGAUUGGCGCCUCCACUACAUAGGCCAACUCUCCAUGAUUCUCUUUCUCUCGGCCUCAGUUUCACACAAGGGGAUCACAACACCAUGAACAUGAAACCUCCCCCUUCCUCCAAUUUAUGGCCACAGGGAGCAUCAGCAUCAAGAAAUUUUGAUACCUCAGACGUUGAUACUUCGCUUCAUCUGUAA